GAGAAGAAGUGUUUUGUGUGUGACUCAGCAACUCCGUACCAUGAGCUGAGUGACCAGACGAGCGGUCAUCGCAUCGAGAACGUUGUCACCACCUUUGCUCCAAACAGACUGAAGACCUGGUGGCAGUCUGAGAAUGGUGUGGAGAAUGUCACCAUCCAGCUGAAUCUGGAGGCGGAGUUUCACUUCACUCACCUCAUCAUGACCUUCAAGACAUUCCGGCCCGCUGCCAUGGUGAUUGAGCGGUCAGCUGACUUCGGGAAGACGUGGCAGGUCUAUCGGUACUUCGCCUACGACUGCGAGUCCUCGUUCCCGUCCGUAUCCCAGGGGCCCAUGCAGAAGGUCGAUGAUGUCAUCUGUGACUCGCGUUACUCGGACAUUGAGCCGUCCACUGAAGGAGAGGUGAUUUUCAGAGUUCUGGACCCGGCGUUCAAGAUCGAGGAUCCAUACAGCCCCAGAAUCCAGAACAUGUUGAAGAUCACCAACCUGCGGGUGAAGUUCACCAAACUGCACACGCUGGGAGACAACCUGCUGGACUCUCGGAUGGAGAUCAAAGAGAAGUACUACUACGCCAUCUAUGACAUGGUGGUCCGAGGAAACUGCUUCUGCUACGGCCACGCCUCUGAGUGCGCACCGGUCCAGGGAGCCAGCCAGACCGGUGAGGGCAUG